AUGACGGGCAAGGGCGAGAACACGAUCGAGCUCGCCCAAGCUGCAGUCGACGCUAUCGGCGACUCUCCCGAGACUGCGCUUGCCGGCUUUGUUCUCCCGGACCUGCUGUAUGGCUUUGGUAGUCUCGGCCUGGGCAUUGUGGUGCGGCGGAGCAACGCUAGCGUCGCCGAUCCGUGGCAGAUUCAUGUCGAGACGGUGACGAGCGCGUGGGUCGAGACCAGCCGAGUCAUGUGCGGCCUUCGCACAGGUUCGCCGCUGUGUAUCGAUUGGUACCCGGGUGGCGCAGAAGGGCGUCGCAACUCACUGAGCUCGUCUGAUGACGACAGCGACGUCGACGAUGCUGGAGAGAGCCGCAGCAAGACCAGCCGGCCGGUGGUUCGAGUCAGGCCGGUGGCGGCUGUCGAGGACGUGCUGGUGGUGAUGCGGCCGGGCCAUGCCGCGGCACCGGUGCUGGAAGCAUACGCCAAGUCUGCGCUCCACACUGCGUACCUCGGCGUGGUCUUUUGCCGCAAUCCGGUGCUGGCGCUGCCGGCGCAGCGGACGGCGCUACUGACGGUGGCACUCGUCCAGGCCGUCAACCAGCUGCUUGAUCCGGCGUGCUGCGAGCCUGGCUUUGUGGCUGUGGUGUGGACGCUGCUGACCUCGUUGCGGGCGCGGAUGGGGAUUAACGGCGCAUCGCCCGAGCAGUUCUGGAACGGAGUGAUCUACAAGCUCAUGGAGCCACAUCCGGAGCGGCGACUGACCGAGGCUCCCGAGGACGAUGUGUCAUCGGUGGCCAAGGUGCUAGGCCCGCUGAUGGUGUGCCACGAGGCUGUGGAUGAGGUUGGUCUCUUUGAACUCGCUGCAGCGCCGCAGCUGUCUGCUGUGGCGCUGGCCCUGCUGGCUGAGUCGAUCUCGCGGUCGUCGCGCGUCUACCUCAAGUGCCGUCUUGCAAGACGCGGCGUGGCCAACCACGCGGCUGCAAUGCGCGACGAGGCCCAAGCGGUCCUGGCCCGGGCGCUCGGCAUUAGCCCUGAGUCAGUGCCGGCGAUCUCGCCGAGCGAUGAGGUCAUCGACCCGCCGGCGUCGGCCUUGACCUUUGGCAGCGAAGCCGACAUCGACCGCGCGCUGCGGGCGUCGAGCAAGCUCUUCCGCAAGCCGGGGUGGACCAAUGUACCGCCGACGGCCGUGCUGGCCUGCCUGCAGAUGGCACGGGUCGUCCAGGGCUUUGGCCGCGAGCUUGCGCAGCCGACCGCUGACCCGCCACCGGCCUUUGUGACAGCCGUAUGCAGCACGUUUCGUGGGCUUUCGAUGGGCGCGUUCCUCACCCAAUUUGUGGAGCCCGGUGCUGGGCGCGAGCUCGACCGGCGGGCGCUGCAGGCUGCGCUCUAUGUCCAGGGCAUCGAGUUCCACUCAUCCAAGCUCCGCCGCGGUGGCGAGAUUGGCGAGCUGCUUGAACCGCAUGCAUUGGUGGCCAGCGCGGCGGCGCGGGCGCGCAAGACCAUGUAUGCUGCGGCGCGGAGUGUCAAGCUUGCCCGACUGGCCCGAACCCGCAAGCUCAACGCGCGCGAGCUCCGGAGGCAGGAGAAGCUCGCUGCGCUCGCUGAGUUUUACACAGCCCAUGCCGGUGUACCGAAGCUCUUCAGCGAGGCCGAGGUGGCCGCCAUGAACCGUGCAGCACCCAGUGCCGUUGAUGCCGUCGUCCGCGAGCCAUCGGGCCUUCUCCGCCACCGAUGCUGCUUCGAGGCCUGCCCACGCUUUUUAGAGUACCUGGGAACCCAGGCAGAUCGGCUGCACGGCACCCGCAAGGGCCUCUUCACCCAUCUUGCCCCGAUCACCCAGCGUUCUUGCAAGGUUCCGUACUUCCCAGGCUGGCAUUUGAUGGCCAUCAUGCUCUGGCGCAAGACCCGAUCGGCCCACAAUGGCCGCCAGACCUUUAUCACCCGUCUUGUCAACCACUACCGCGACCGCACAAGCUCGUCAGCUGUCGUCGCCUCGCUUGCGGAAGCAACCUGGCUCUCGAUCGAGGCCAUGGUCGCCGCUGAUUGA